AUGGAGGCAAAGCUAAAGUUUAGAAAGGACCCUGAAGGAACACCGGUGGAUGUGACACAGUAUAGACGAGUCAUUGGAUGCUUGAGGUAUCUAACUCACACCCGACCCGAUAUCUCUUAUGCCGUGGGGAUUGUGAGUAGGUACAUGGAGAAGCCUACAGUUGUGCAUAGUCAGGCGGUCAAGCACAUUCUGAGAUACGUAAAGGGCACUGUGUCCUAUGGAUUAGUGUAUAGAUGGAGUCGAUGCAAUGAAGAAUUGGUGGGAUUCACUGACAGUGAUCUUGCGGGAGAUGUUGAUGACAGACGCAGCACAGGCGGCAUGACAUUCUAUCUAGGUGACAGUUUGGUCACUUGGACAUCACAGAAGCAGAAGACGGUGGCAUUAUCCUCUUGCGAGGCUAAGUUCAUGGCGGCAACAGCUGUAGCAUGCUAA